CAAACCACCUUCUCUCACUACUUCAAAAUAUAAUUACGUACGUCGUAUUAAUUACACUAAUCUUAUUACAAAUUUAAUUUAGACUGAAAAAAAAAAUGGGCAACGCCGAUGAUCAUAUGAAUAGUUACAACUUGGAUGCGGCGGCAAGCCACCGAGUAGCCAUUCCGCCGCCACAGCCCUUCAUUAAGUCGCUCAAAAACACCCUGAAGGAAACUUUCUUCCCCGACGACCCCCUCCGCCAGUUCAAGAACCAGCCGCCGAGGAGGAAGCUACUACUCGGGCUGCAGUACGUUUUCCCGAUCGUGCAGUGGGGCCCACAGUACACGUGGCAGUUCCUCAAAGCUGACCUCAUCGCCGGCAUCACCAUAGCCAGCCUCGCCAUUCCUCAGGGCAUCAGCUACGCCAAGCUCGCGAACCUGCCGCCAAUUCUCGGCCUCUAUUCGAGCUUUGUUCCGCCGUUGGUUUACGCUGUAAUGGGGAGUUCGAGAGAUUUGGCGGUGGGGACGGUAGCCGUUGGAUCGUUGCUAACGGCAUCCAUGCUAGGGAAAGUGGUGAACGUAGUGGAGAAUCCAGAUUUGUAUCUUCAUCUUGCUUUUACUGCUACUUUCUUCGCCGGGGUUUUCGAAGCUUCCUUGGGCAUUUUCAGGCUAGGGUUCAUAGUGGAUUUUCUGUCGCAUGCAACAAUAGUAGGGUUUAUGGGAGGAGCAGCUACGGUUGUGUGCCUACAGCAGCUAAAGGGCAUUUUAGGGCUUAAACAUUUUACUCAUGAGACUGACGUCAUCUCUGUUUUGCGCUCUGUUUUCUCCCAGACUCAUGAGUGGAGAUGGGAAAGUGCGGUGCUUGGAUGUGUUUUCCUUUUCUACCUCCUCAUCUCCAGAUUGUUUAGCAAAAAGAAGCCAAAUCUAUUCUGGGUAUCAGCAAUGGCUCCAUUGACAUCAGUGAUAUUGGGAAGUCUUGUGGUCUACCUCACCCAUGCUGAAGACCAUGGUGUCCAAGUGAUAGGGGAGUUGAAGAAAGGGAUAAAUCCAGGUUCAAUAAUGGAUCUGAAUUUUGAUUCAAGAUAUCUGCCUACCGCUAUCAAAACUGGCAUCGUCACCGGUGUUAUUGCUCUCGCUGAAGGAAUAGCAGUGGGAAGAAGCUUUGCGAUGUUCAAGAAUUACCACAUCGAUGGCAACAAAGAAAUGAUUGCUUUUGGAAUGAUGAAUAUUGCUGGCUCUUGCACUUACUGUUACUUAACCGCAGGGCCAUUUUCGCGGUCGGCGGUGAACUUCAACGCGGGAUGCAAAACGGCGGUUUCCAACAUAGUGAUGGCGAUCGCGGUGAUGAUAACGCUGUUAUUCCUAACGCCGUUGUUCCAUUACACACCGCUCGUGGUUCUGUCGUCCAUUAUAGUCGCCGCCAUGCUAGGGCUUAUCGACUACGAAGCAGCGAUCCAUUUAUGGCACGUCGAUAAAUUCGACUUUGUCGUUUGCAUGAGUGCUUAUAUCGGCGUCGUCUUUGCCAAUAUCGAGAUCGGCUUAGUCAUGGCCAUUGGACUGUCGGUUGUUAGGGUACUUUUGUUUGUUGCAAGACCAAAGACUUUGGUUCUAGGGAAUAUUCCAGAUUCCAAGGUUUAUAGAAACGUUGACCAGUAUCAAAAUGCACAGUGUGUUCCUGGGAUUCUGAUUCUUGAAAUUGAUGCUCCCAUUUACUUUGCAAAUUCCAACUACUUGAGAGAAAGGAUUUCGAGAUGGAUUGACGAUGAAGAAGACAGAAUAAAAUCGACCGGCGAAACUGAAUUACAGUGUAUUAUACUUGACAUGAGUGCGGUUGGAAACAUCGAUACGAGUGGCAUUAGCAUGCUUGAAGAGGUGAAGAAAACCGUUGAUCGAAGAGGGCUCAAGUUAGGGUUAGCGAAUCCAGGUGGGGAGGUGAUGAAGAAGCUGAACAAGUCGAAAUUUCUAGAAACAAUGGGGGAAGAAUGGAUAUUCUUGACUGUGGGAGAAGCUGUUGGAGCAUGCAAUUACAUGCUUCACACUACUAACCCUAAAUUGGAUUCUAAUUCUGAUUUAUCACUUAAGUAUAGCCACAAUGUGUGACAUCAGAUCUAAGCAUGUCAAAUUCUAGUGGAAUAUUUAUUGCAAUUUUUUUAAAUUUCCAUUCUAAUUAAUAAUUUUAACAACGUGGAAUAUAUAUAUAUGUCACUUAUUUUUAUGGUGUAUAUUUUAUUUAAUAAUAAUAAUAAUAAUAAUAAUAAUAAUAAUAAUAAUAAUAAUAAUAAUAAUAAUAAUAAUAAUAAUAAUAAUAAUAAUAGCAUUGGCAUAUUAGUAUUAGCAUUAGACAUUAUGGUUGUAUGCGUUGGGACCAACGAUAUACUCGUUUGUUGUACACAAAAUUCUAUUUUUCGAUAUUUAUUUGUUUUCA